AUGAAAAUAAAUAACUCCACAAAAAAUGUUGGCAGUUAUGUGGCACGUGAGUCUAUUACUACGUUUAUACGCAUAAAUUUGCUCAGUCGGUGUACCGCUACUGCUUCUACUAAAAGUAGAGCAUCGGGCGUAAUUGAAGUUGUCCCAGUACCUGCACCUGUCGCGGAAACGCAUGGGGAUGAAAAUGAGCCACAAAUAAAGAAGAAAAAAUACGUCCAGAAAUACAAACCCGAAUGGGAAAAGAGUCGUGAAUGGUUAAAAUGUUAUGAGAUGAAGGCGUUUUGUAAACUGUGCAACUGUUCGCUGGCAAAUGACGUCACUCUUUUGGAACGACAUUCAAAAUUGGCAAAGCACCAAAAUGCAGUGAAGGUAAAGGAAACCAACCACCUUAAGCAACUUUCUGUGACUGAAAGUCUUUCACAAAAAACUGCGUCGACUGAAAAAUUGUCUAAAGAGAUCACCAUGGUGAUGCACUGCGUACAACACUCGCUUGCACUUAAAACAAUGAGCACAUUACCACAACUCUUCAAUUUUAUGUACCCUAGUGACAAGCAUAUUCAAU